AUGUCUGAAUUACCACCUCCCACAUAUUCUCAACGAGACCAAGACAACGCCGAAUCGUUCGAGGAAUCACAAAGCGACGCUUCCCCACCACCUCAGAUACUCAUCGUGCCGACCGUCGUGAAUUUCCAGAAGGGAUUUCUCGGGGCUGAAGGAGAACGGGCUGCGAUUGAAGGGGAGCUGCAGCUCAAGGGUGCCAACCCGACUGAUUGGAAUAAAGUUACAGUGGGCUUGCGCACAGUUGAAGCUGCUUAUUCGCGCGAGAUUGAGCUCAAUGUCUCCGAAGUUGUGUUGGUCUCUCAAGCACCUGAUAUUCCCUCAACCUCCUUUCCAUCGUCCAUGCUUUUUGCCAUACCUCUCAUGCAAGAUACACCGCAGACGAUAAUUACCCCGGUAUCCUAUCUAAAACACACUUUGACCGCAACCUUACAUCCUAGUGAUCCUCUUGGUGUCCCAGUUUUUGAAAGUCUUUCUGUUCAUACAAAGCGAUACACCUCUCACGACCACAUGCUCUCAGUCAACCCUGAGAAGCAUAAAUUGAUAGAGCCGACGUUGGUGGAAGUUGAGGUCCCGAGGACGACAUUUAAAUCUGGCGAGCCGAUUCCAGUCUAUGUCAAAAUUCCUCCACCGCGCCGCGAACUCGUCAUCAACAAAAGUCUUCGGUUGCGUAAUAUCAAGGCUGAACUUGUCAGAAUAACGCAAAUCAGGGAAGAAGACGGUGACGAAGGGGCUAUUAAUGUCCCCUCGAAAAUGCAACUAGUUGAGGGAACCUCCACGGCUUCUUUCACGCAGUCUGAGAAACCACGACAGCUCAAUUCUUCCAAAAAUCCUGUAUCUCCGCACUCCCGAGGCCCGUCUUUUACCGCAGUAAUCGCACGAUCCGGAGCUUCAUGUCGAUUCCACUCAUCCAGGACUGUGCAGCAACGAUUCAUACUACACCAGUUGUCGCCACUCUCCACGCCAUCCAAUGCAUCUUUAAGCCUUCCCGGGAGUAAUUCUGAUGGUAAUGAUGGUGACGUUGAGACCUCUUCUAUCUCCCAGGUCACCCUGUUGCACUCUGUGUAUUUUGAGAUUAACAUUCACGUGUCCUUCGUCGACGUUUCAGCGCAUUCAGAGUGCGUCUUCACAGUAUCUAUUCCUAUAUCUGUGCUUCCACCCCCCGCACCCCUUCCAGAGGUGGAACCCGGAAUGGAUGUGGCAUAUCAGAAGAAACAUGAUCGCCCACCAGUCAAAACGAAUCGGUACGACGACUCCGAGCAUUCAGUUCCACACUACUCACUCGGAGAGCCUGGUCCAAGUGGACAGCCUCACGGUGCUCCCCCGCCUUUUGACGAACCCGAUGCACCCCCGCCUUUCUUCUCUUCUACGGCCGAGGCGUCAACAUCGGCUCGUUUACCCACGUUCCUCGAGUCUGAAACAGAGAUCAUUAUACCAGACGAUGUAGAACAGCAUCACGCCGUUGAACAUCUGCAUCCAAUUGUGAUAGAAGGGGAGGGCGUUGUCUUUGGUUUCCCGGCCUCAGAACAGUUUGAUGGCCAUCCUGAGGAUAUACAACGGUCAUCUACGCCCCCUCCUUCCCUCGAAAUGGCUAGCAGGGAUGCUGAUGUCACUCGGUUGGCAGACAUUCCUCAAUCGGAUCACACGCUGGGGGUCAUUGGUUUGGUUUUAAAUCGGGCAGAACCCCCUCCUCCUCCUCCCGCGUUGGACGAUCCUUCAGAUCCCCCUCCGUCAAUAGACUCUGACUUCAGGUCACCAGAUGCAUCCAGACAUUCACCACCACCACCAGGAACCUCCCCUCCUCACAUGCAUACUGUGUACCCAACCGAACCAAAUCACUUACACCCUCCAUCAUCCGCACCCACACCACAGGAUCAAACAGGACAUGGGCAUGCUCCUCCUCCCUAUCUAGUUCGGGAAAGCCAUACAGAGGAACAAGAGCAUGUUACCAAACCACCGCCAUAUGCAGAUUAG